AUGCGAUUCCAAAGCCUCGCACUUGUUGGGCUCCUGUCCGGCUCUGCCCUGGCAGUUCCCAGAGCUAGCAAACGGUCUGACCCCGAGAACAGCGGGCAGCCUAUCAACAAUGAGAAUGGCAGAGGCGCUCCUCUGCUUGGUGGAACGAACAAAGCCGUGGAUCUCCAGAAUCCAGAUCAACUUCGCACCCCGACCACCGACAAUGGCUUCGUCCCUAACGUCAAGUGGAGUUUUUCCCAGUCGCAGACUAGGUUGUUCCCUGGCGGUUGGUCCCGUGAGCAGGUCAUUCAAGAUCUGCCUCAGAGCCAUGAUAUCGCUGGUGCUCAGCAGCAUCUGAAGAAGGGGGCCACUCGUGAGCUGCACUGGCACCGAGUGGCCGAGUGGGGAUUUGUCUACAACGGAUCCCUUCUCCUCACCGGUGUUGAUGAGAAUGGAGGCUUCACGACUGAAGUGUUGGAGACCGGUGAUAUCUGGUAUUUCCCCAAGGGUGUUGCCCACAAUGUCCAGGGUCUUGAUGACGAGAACGAGUACCUUCUUGCCUUUGAUGAUGGUGACUUUGAGAAGAUUGGAACUACCUUCAUGGUCGAUGACUGGAUUGCUCACACUCCCAAGGACAUCCUUGCCAAGAACUUUGGUGUCAAUGCCUCUGUCUUUGACAAUGUCCCCGCUAAAUUCCCAUACAUUCUGAACGGUACUGUCAGCAAAGAUCUCGAGAAAGCGCCCGAGGGAACUCUUAAGGGCAACAGCUCUUAUGUCUACCACACAUACAAGCACCCCUCUGAGCCCGUCCCAGGCCAUGGUGGAACUUUCCGCAAGAUUGACUCCACGAACUUCCCUAUCUCGAAGACCAUUGCUGCGGCUGUCGUCGAGCUUGAGCCCAAGGGUCUGCGUGAGCUCCACUGGCACCCUAACGCUGAGGAGUGGCUCUACUUCCACCACGGCAAUGCGCGCGCAACUGUCUUCCUUGGCGACUCCAAGGCUCGUACUUUCGAUUUCACUGCUGGAGAUACUGCUGUCUUCCCUGACAACAGCGGUCACUACAUUGAAAAUACGUCUGAGACCGAGAAGCUCAUUUGGAUCGAAUUGUACAAGAGCGACCGUGUCGCCGAUAUUUCGCUGGCUCAGUGGCUUGCCCUGACUCCUGCUGAUACCGUGGCAAAUGUGCUGAAGGUUGACAUUGAAGUCAUCCACCAGAUCAAGAAGCAGAAGCAGAUCCUGCUUCCCGGCAAAUAG